AUGUGGCUGGCAGUGCUGCUGUUUCUGUCACCUCUCUUGGCCUUUGAAUUAGAUAAAAUGAAGUGUUUCCUGAAUGAUCCUCUCCCUGUUCCACAUGAAUGGUACCAGCCGGGAGGCCUCCUCAUUGGGGGAAUUGCUUCUCAGGUCUUUUACCAUGUUUCUGACUUAUCCUUCUGCAAACAUCCAUCUCAGGAACUGUCAAAUUUUCCAUUUGUACUGACCAAGUUGUUCCAACACAUCUUAACAUUGGUAUUUGCCAUCAAUGAGAUCAACAAGAACCCGAAGAUCUUGCCCAAUGUCACUUUGGGCUUCCACAUCUAUGACAGCUACAAUGAUGAGCGGUUGGUCUAUCAUGCCAUCCUAGACUUGCUCUUCAGAUCACAUAGAUUUGUCCCCAGCUACAAAUGCAACACCCAGAAAUCACCAAUAGCUGUCAUUGGGGGACUCGGAGCCGAUAUCUCCUUUCGUAUGGCAGACAUCUUAGGACUAUAUAAGAUUCCACAGAAGCUCCAUAGGUUUCUUCAAGGCAUUUCAUUCAACAACUCAGCUGGAGAAAAUGUGUCUUUUGAUCAUAAUAUGGAAAUGGGCGCUGGAUUUGACAUUACAAACUUGAUCACCUUCUCAAACCAGUCUUUCCACAGGGUGGAAGUUGGAAGGCUGGUUCCCAGUGCUCUUGAAGGAAGAAGGUUUAUUAUCAAUGAGGAUAUGAUUGUAUGGCAAACAAAUUUUAAUCAGGUACUGCCCAUUUCUGUAUGUAAUGACAACUGCCAGCUCGGUUAUGUAAAGAAAAGAAAAGAAGGCAAGAAAUUUUGCUGCUAUGAUUGUGUUCCAUGUCCAGAAGGCAAGAUUUCAAACCGAAAGGACAUGGCUGAAUGUAUCAGAUGCCCGGAAGAUCAAUAUCCAAGCAAGGACAAUGAUCGUUGUGUCGCCAAGUUAAUAAGCUUUAUAUCCUACAAAGAUCCUUUAGGAAUCACUUUGGCUUCAGCUGCUGUUUCAUUUUCUGUGACCACAGUCUUAGUGCUUGGAACUUUUAUUAAGCACAGAGAAUCCCCAAUAGUCAAAGCCAACAACCGGGAUAUCACCUACAUUCUCCUCAUCUCUCUGCUAUUCUGCUUCCUCUGUUCUUUGCUGUUUGUUGGGCGACCUAGGAAGUUGUCCUGUUUACUCCAGCAGUCCGCUUUUGGGAUUGUCUUUUCAUUGGCCGUUUCUUGUGUCUUGGCCAAGACCAUCACUGUGGUUGUAGCUUUCAUGGCCACCAAACCAGGGUCCAACAUGAGGAAGUGGGUGGGGAAAAGACUCGCCAACUCCAUUGUUCUUAUCUGCUCCGCCAUUCAAUCAGGUGUUUGUAUAGUAUGGCUAGGAACAUCUCCUCCAUUCCUGGAUUUUGACACACAGUCAUUGACUGAAGAAAUCAUAGUAAAAUGUAACGAGGGCUCUGCCAUCAUGUUUUAUAUUGUCCUGGGCUACAUGGGACUUCUGUCCCUCAUCUGCCUGACUGUGGCUUUCUUUGCAAGGAAGUUGCCAGACAGUUUUAACGAAGCCAAGUUCAUCACCUUCAGCAUGUUGGUCUUCUGCAGUGUUUGGUUGUCUUUUGUUCCAACCUACUUGAGCACCAAGGGGAAAUACAUGGUAGCUGUGGAGAUAUUCUCCAUAUUAGCUUCCAGUGCUGGGUUACUGGUUUGUAUCUUCAUCCCCAAAUGUUACCUUAUUCUGCUGAGGCCUGAGCUGAACAAAAGGGAGCAGCUAAUGAGGAGAAUCAAUUAA